AUGCUGGGAAAUAACGAGCACUUUUAUCCCGGUCAGGAUGACAAAGAUGGGGAGGAUGACGAGGAGGAAGAGGAGCAGGGAGGAGAAAACAGAGAAGGAGAAGGAGAAGGUGGACGUGACACGGAUGAUGAAGGGUUAGAGGGUCUGGAGGAGAAGGAAAUGACCGGAGGACGACCACCCUGGGAAGGGCAAGGUGGUGAGGUGGUGAAACCAGCAGCCAUUGUGGUCGGUAGACAGAGAGCAGACCGGCCACUGAGGCCAGGUAACCUGGGCAACCGGGGCAUCGCAUACAUGACCAAUCAAGCCCCGCUGCAUCAUCAGCUGGCCAAUAAGCAACAGCAAAAUGUCAUCGCAGCCAAUCAGCAGCCUCAUCACCCAGGCCUGAAUGCGGUGCAGAAGAGACGAGCUCUCAUGGAGCGCAGCAUGACCACGAUGGUUCCGCUGGAGGACACUUUUCUGACCAUGAUGGUGUUCCGCAUUGGAAUUCCUGAUAUCAAACAAACAAGGUGUCUCCAGUUUGACCUGGACUGCACGGUGUGGAUCGCUAAGCAGCAGAUCAUCUGCUCCCUCAGCGAGUCCUUGUGGGAUGCCUACAACUACGGCCUCUUCCAGCCGGCUGGAGAUGGACGGGAUGCCAAGUUCCUGGAAGAGGAGCGUGCUCUGCGAGACUACUCACAGUCCUUUGAGAAAGGGGUGCCUUACCUGGAGUUUAGGUACAAAACCAGAGUCUAUAAACAGACAAAUCUGGAUGAAAAGGCUCUCUCCAAACUCAGCACAAAGGCCAGUAUGAAGAAGUUCCUGGAUUAUGUUCAGGCUGGGACAGUAGACAAAAUGGCGAAAGUCCUUGAGAAAGGUCUUGAUCCAAAUUUUCAUGACCCUGACAGUGGAGAGACCCCCCUGUCUGUGGCUGUGCAGUCAGGCCUGCCGGUGGAAGGCAUCAGGGUGCUGGUUCAGGGCGGCGCUCAUUUGGAUUUUAGAAACAGAGAAGGUUUUACUGCGCUGCACAAAGCUGUACGGGCGCACAAUCACGCUGGGCUCCUGGUUCUGCUAUCCCUCGGAGCGUCUCCAAACUACAAAGACCGCUGUGGCCUGACCCCGCUGUACCACACUGUACUGACAGGGGGCGACACUAUGUGCUGCGAGACCUUGCUCUACUACAGGGCCAAGCUGGGGACAAGGGAUGAGAAUGGCUGGGAAGAGUCCCAUCAGCACAGGGAUGAAGAGGAGUUUGGAAUGGAAGAAAUACAUAAGGCGUGCCAGCAUGGCUUUGCCCAACACUUGGAGCAUCUGCUGUUUUAUGGGGCAGACACCGCUUCUCAAAAUGCCUCAGGGAACACUGCACUUCACAUUUCUGCCCUGUACAACAAGGAAAGCUGUGUCCGGGUUCUUCUGUACAGGGGAGCAAAUAAGGAGGCAAAGAACAAACAUGGUCAGACGCCUUUUCAGCUAGCUAUAAUGUCCGGUCACUUUGAACUCGGGGAAAUCAUCAAAAACCACAAAGACUCUGAUAUAGUGCCCUUUUUGGAAUCGCCAAAGUAUGUUCCCAAGCGAAAAGAGAGCGCCCACACCCUGCCUCUCCCCUCACUCCAUUCCCACCCACUCCUGCGCGCUAACAGCGAUAACACCAUGUCCCAGUCUGACCCUCUGGCCCCGCCCAACAAGGCUGCAACCAAUCCGAACCCAGGACAGGGCCAGCGCAGGGCCUCCAUAGGCAUGAGAAGCUCCAGCAGCCCUAGAACUCGUACUCGCUCCCCAUCCAGAGGGAGAGGAGGUCAAAGUGAUACAGAGGAAAGGCACCGGCAGCCUAGAGGCAGACAGGGAGCGACCUCAGCGGGCAGUGGGGGAGGUCAGAUGAAGCGUAUGUACAGUGCAGUGCCAGGCCGGGUUUAUGUGGCCACUCGUGGCCACUCUGCCAGCAGAGACAGAGAGCUCUCACUUAGCAAAGGGGACAAAGUUAAAGUGUUAAGUGUAGGUGAGGGUGGAUACUGGGAAGGGACAGUGAAAGGUCGCACUGGCUGGUUUCCCUCAGACUGUGUGGAAGAGGUGGCCGGUCUCACCAAAGACAAUCGAACAGAGACGCGCAGCGAGAAAGCCAAGAGGAAGCUUUUCCGUAACGUCACCGUCGGAGCCUACGACGGCACCGAUGGCCCCAGUGACUACAUCAUUAAGGAGAAGACAGUGCUCCUACAGAAGAAAGACAAUGAGGGCUUUGGCUUUGUGCUUAGGGGAGCCAAAGCUCAGACUCCCAUAGAGGAGUUCACUCCGACGCCAGCGUUCCCCGCGCUGCAGUACCUGGAAUCUGUCGAUGAGGGGGGUGUGGCCUGGAGGGCAGGCCUGAGGAUGGGGGAUUUCCUCAUCGAGGUGAAUGGCCAGAAUGUGGUGAAAGUUGGUCACCGGCAGGUGGUCAACAUGAUCCGACAGGGCGGCAACAGCCUAAUGGUGAAAGUUGUGAUGGUUGCUCGAAACCCUGAGCUGGAGGACACUGCUCGGAAGAGAGCCCCGCAGCAGACUAAAAGACUGACUCCUCCUGCCAUUGCCCUGCGCUCCAAGUCAAUGACAUCAGAGCUGGAAGACAUGGUGGACAAAGCUGCGUCUCCGUGGAAAAAGAAAGCAGAAUACGACUCCUCUCAGGGUCCUGAUAAGAAGAGGACAGUUUAUCAGAUGGCACUAAAUAAACUGGAUGAAAUCUUGGCUGCUGCCCAACACACUAUUACAUCAGACAACCAGGGCCAGAGGGGUCAUGGAGGCAAGAGGGACCGGAGCAAGAGUAUUGUUCCCAACUCCAAUGAGCAACCCUAUGAGCAGCAGCCAGCAGUGAGUAUGGUGCAGCACGGACCAGGUUUUGUCUACAAUCAAGCUCAUUUUCAACCAGGUCAUGGUCAGCAUGCAGUCAUGAUGCGUCAAAAAUCUAUUGGCGUAACCGAGGAAGAGAGGCAAUACCUUCACCCACCUGCUAUGAAGCUAGCACGCAGCCUGUCAGUGCCGGGACCAGAGGAAAUCCCCCCACCCCCUAACACAUCAGCUCCAGAGCCACCUUUAUCCGCAGGUCCUCAUCCUGGGAGAGGGCCUGCCAUGCCCAUUCCCCCAGUAUCUCAAGCCCAUUAUCAACUCCACUCCCAGCCAGCUCAUCCUAGUCAAGCAGGCUGGGAGAGGGGAGGACCUGGUGGGAUGAACCAGCAGGUCAUGGUCCCCACCCUCCGCAGACAAUCAGAAGGACUGUGUAUCAGAGAGCCGGAGGCACCCAGGAGAGGUGGUGGCAAGAUGGGAGGGUUAAGGAGAGGCUACAGCAGUGCUACACCACCAACAAGUGCUAAGCCUAAGGCCCAACAGGCACCACAACAUCACCCUCACAUGACCAGUCGGGAGCAGGGUGGAGUGGUUGGCAGGGGGGCGGCCAGGAGGGGUGGCCGAGGGGCUCUCAUGAAGCAAUCAAAAGUGGAAGAUGGGCUGAGACAGCACAAAGGAAAAGGGGGUGCACCUAAAGAGAAGAGCUCAAUCCCCAUCCCAACCAUCAUCGUCAAAGCACCCUCUACCAGCAGCAGUGGCCGUAGCAGCCAGGGCAGCAGCAUGGAAGCUGAGCCCUCCCAUGACGCAGAAGACCCAACCUCAGCAGAUGCAACUCAAGACAGCUCCAACACCAGUCUACCCUCACCGCUCACCCCCUCACCACCUCAGCCACCUACAUCCACUUCACUGCCACCAUCAACUGUUGCCCCACCUGUUUCCUCACAGCAAAAUCUGGAAAAUUUGGAUUACACUUUGACAUUUGGUUCGACCUUUGGUGGUGGUGGUGGAGGUGGAGGAGGAGGAGGGGCACGCAGGGAAAGGGAACGUUUCCGAGAUAUGAGAAGAAAGAGUGCCUCUUUCUUCCUCUCGUCUGAGGAGGACAUCCAAGGAGAGGCAGGAGGAGGAGCAGGGGAAGGAGGAGGGGCACUAGCGGCUAGAGUUCAGCCUUUACAGGGCUCACAGAUGGAAGUGCCCACUCCUCGUCUACGGCCCUCCAAGUCUAUAGAUGAGGGCAUGUUUUCUGGAGACAGUUACGUCAACUAUUCCAGCAGCAUGCCCCCAGCCUUCGGCCUUCCUGAGUAUUCUUCCCCUAUCCUCAGUCAGGAUGGCCAGCCCAAGUCAGCUCCCUCAAUGUACGGCACCCAGCCCACUACUACCUUCAUCCACCCACUUACAGGGAAAGUUUUGGAUCCCUCAUCCCCACUUGGCCUGGCUCUGGCUGCCAGAGAGAGGGCCCUAAAGGACGACCGCAGGACUCGCAGAGAGGAGAGACACUUUGGUCGACAGCUCUCAACAGUGGGAGCGUUCCCUACUCCGGUUCAGACCCCAACUCCUUCUCUUUUUGCGACCCCUACACAAUCAACUUACACUUCCCCAGUGUCCCUCCACCUAACCUCCCCCACUACUACCACCUCGCCUGCAUCUCUGAGCAGGCCGCAGUCACCAAGGAUAUUACGUUUGGGAGGCGGAGGUGGGGAGAGGAUGGAGAGAGAGAAGGAGGGAGGACCCAGGGAGGGUCUUAGAGUUCGCUUUUCAGAGGACAGAACCAAUCAGUAUUCAAAUCAGUAUUACCCACAGAGCCCCAGGGAGAGAGAAAGAGAUAAGGAAGUGUAUGACCCCCGAACUGCUCCGCCCAUACAGCCUCCUCCACCACCUGCUCAACCUGCACCUCGCAGACCCUCCUUUCUGCAGAUGGAAAACACUCCCCACACCAGCUACAUCCCUCAGUACACUGUCCCCACAGCCCCAGCACAGACGCAUGACGCAAUGGGAGAAGCAAGAGCAGCGGCAGGUGGAGGGGGAGGUCUAGGACUUAUGGUUCUCCCCCCACCAGCUCCCUCAAUAGAUGCAGAUGAUGAGUUUGUCUUUGCAGACCCCUUGCCCCCUCCUUUACAGUUUGCAAAUGGUAAGCAUGAGAGAGCCCAGGAGUUUGCUCGGCAGCAUCACCACCCGAAUCAGCACUCUGCUGAUGUUGCUCCACCUCUUCCACCCCCUCUUCCAUCUGCAAAGUCCUCAAACGUUACCCAGCCUUCUCAACAGGGCGGUGACUCUGCUGCCUCCAGCCUUACCUCCUACGACAGCGAGGUGGCCAACCUUACACAGUCGGCUCUUUCUCCAUCUUAUCCGUCCCCACAGAUAUUUCCUUCUUCCACUGUCACCACCACCUCCUCUGCAGCUGUGUCUGCUCCAUCACUACACAGACCCCAGCCCAUGUCCCAUUCUCACCCCUUUUACAGCAGCUCUAAUGACUCCUCAGUAGGUGGUCACACCCCAGCCCAGGACAGAGGCACUGCCGCCCUCACCACCACCAUGACCUACGCUACCACGACCAUGACAGCCUCUUCUGCCGCAUCCACCACCACAAUCUCCCCAUCGUCCUCUGACUACAGCAUGACCACAGCUGGGCCCAAGGUUGGCCUCGGCUCAGGGGGUAAACCUGCUGACCACACUCAGCACCCUACUAUUAUAUCCAAGAGUGGAGACUGGCAAGAUGCGGUGGUGGAUUCUGGGAUUGAGGAGCUGGACAGUCACAGCAGCAGUGACCACCACUUAGAAAUGCUGGGACUGAGUGGGCUUAGAGGAGAGAGGGGUGGGAUCGGAGGAGGAGGAGAGGGAGAGAGAGGAGGUGAGCAUCAGGAUUCUUGCACAACCUACUCAGGUGGGCAAACAUUUGAGGUGCACAGCGCCAAACUGGCAAACCCUGUGUUUCCAAAGAUGACUCAUUACAAGGAGGGGGGAGGGAGGGGUCUGUCUGUAGCACUACGUAGGCAGAACAGUACCAACCCUGCUCCUUUGCAGCUGCAGAGACAAAACAACCCAGAAGACGCCAGGAUAGAUGGAGCCCUUGCGGAUGAAAGGAGGCGCAAGCAGAGUCGAUCCAAAAUGGAGGACGGCUUUAGCUCUGCUCUGGCUGCCUGCUUAGAGAGGCCCAUGGACACUCGGUCAGUGGGCUGGGAUGAGGUCGGGGAACAUGAGCUGGGUGGAGUUGGAGUGCAGAGAGAUGGAAUGGUUCUGGAUGGCCGCAGACUUCAUUCACCGCUGUCAGGCGUGAAGGCGAGCAUCAUCAAUGAGCUGAGCUCCAAGCUGCAACAGAUGAGUGGCAUGAAGAGCAUGGAUGACUGGAGCCACACUCCGAAAUCACCCACCAUGCACAGGUAUUCAGCAGAUUACACGGAUGCAUUUCACAGCCCCCCUACUGGUCGCUCCACCUCACCAUUGCCCACCUCCUCCCCACAGCAUCGUCAGAUCCUCACACCAAAUCUGGCCACCCCUUCAGUCUCUCCUUCCCCUGCAGUCCCAAUUCAGCGCAACUGGACUCGCUCCCCAUCUCCACAGAUGCCGACCUCCCCAGUUCAUGCUCACCCUCCCCAUUCCCCAACCUACUGCCCGUAUCCAACGUCGCCAAAGCAUCGGUCCAAGAUGCGCAGGCAGACUUUUGAUUUCCAGUGCAGCCCUACAAAGGAGAUGCGGUCUUCAGUCUCUCGGCGCCGGGCUCCCAGCCCUCUUAUCUAUAGCACUGAACAGCCAAACCCCACCCCUCCCAGACCUUCCUCUCUCCCCAUCCUCCCCAGCACACCGGUUUACAACAACCCGUUCGACUUCCCUGGACCCCUCACCCCUCCAUCGCCUGGCCUUCCUUUAGGAGAUACCUACAAGUCCUCAACUCCUCCACUGUUCUCCCCAUCUGGUGUGCCAAGUCAAAACCCCCUACUGGUCUCCCGCUCUCUCUCGCCAACACAUUUCCUCUCUGGUGCCUCCUCCCCCAUGCAUUUGCCGCCCAGCCCGUCCUGUCUCAACUUUCCCCAUCUCACCCCUCCUCCACCAGCCAAACCCUUUGCUGUCAAGCCCCUGCCCUACUGGACCAAGUACGACGUGGCCGACUGGCUGGCUUACCUAAAUCUGGGUGAACACAGAGAGCGUUUUAUAGACAAUGAGAUAGACGGAUCACAUCUGCCUUCGCUCACUAAGGACGACUUCUUGGACCUCGGAGUGACACGUGUGGGACACCGGAUGAACAUCGAGAGGGCGCUGAAGAAACUCACUGACAGGCGGCUCUCCUCUCCUUUGCAUGUCACUACUUCUCCCCGAGACACAGACUGAGAGUGAAGGGGUGAUUCAAAGAUGACAGAAAGGGAGACAAACAAAAUGACAAAGAUGAACAAUAACAGAAGAAGUGCAAGAGAAGAAACAUGGACAUCAACAGGUUGUGUUGAACUGAGCCUAAGGGGAAAGUGUUUUCUUGCAAAUUUGUUAUACAUGUAGAGAAUAUUGUUUAUGAAAUUUGUGAGAAAGAAAGGGUUUGAAGAACUGAAGAGUAUCAUAUGAAAAAAUGAUGCUCCUCAACUGAAAAUAUACUUUAAAACUUUUGAUGGACAGGCAUUUAAUUAACACACCGAUUUGUGCUGUAAAAGACAAACAUAUACACACACACACACACACACACACACUCAUAUUCUCACACACACACUGACAGAUGGAUUCUCACACCAUCUGCUGUCUAGCAGCAGUGAGAAAACUUCAGUCUGAGUUCAGUAAAAGUUAAAAAGUUGCUGCUUAAAGGGUGAACCCCACUACAAAUGUUGCUGGAUGUGGGUGAGCCAGAAAUACACAAGAGUCACAUCCUAACAUCAGUUUUCUAGCUUUAAGCAGAUCAGAGUAUCGGAUGGCUGUGAAUAGUGGAAAGCCAAAGUCAGAAUAUGAGAGAAAGGGUUUUGUUUGUAAAUGAUGAUAGAAGAAAAUGGUAGAAAACAAUAGUAUUCUUUUAUAUAUUUGCCAUAUUCCCCCAAAGGGUGCCCCAAUAAGCUUUGUAUGUAUGUACUUUGCGAGCACUAAAUAUAUCUUACAUGUUAAACGGGAUUCACUAUUAGUAGAACCAUUUGUUUUGUACCAAGUGCUGAUCGCAAUCAUUCAUUUCAAACUGGUCAGGGUAUUUAUAACUGUUGAAUUCAAGUUGUGCAUACGAGGACAUACAAAUAUUGAGACAAUAUUGUUGUGAAAUUACCUUUCAUUAUUUUACUGAUUAUUCUAUAGAAAGGAGAGGAAUUUAAAAAGGUUUGCGAGUCACGUGAAACUGCAAAUCAUCUUUUCUUAGACUUUAUUGGUGUUUAUGGCCAUAGCACAGGUCAAGGGAUGGAUCCAUCCUCUUUUAAUGCCAUAAUGUUGACCGCUCUCUCUCACACAGCAGGUGCAGUGAUCAAAAAGGGCUUUUUACUGCUUCUCUGUCUGCCUGACUUCCUCAACCUUCAGCCUCUGUGAGUCUGUGUGUCUGAUUCUGUGCGUGCGAGUGUUCGUCAGCCUGCGUUGGUGGCCAAAUGCUUUCCCUGACCUACACCUUUCUCUUUCUAAUGCCUUUUCCCAAGACAUAUUUAUAAAGGUCACUAAACAUUUUCUUUCUCACUAGUUGACAAUCCCAAUGGUUCCCUGUUCCACACGUCAACCUUCGAAAAGAAAUAUUCUGACCCACUUUUCAGAAGGUUUUCUCAGAGAGAUAAAUUUAAAGUAAACACUGUAUAUGUUACAUAGACGAGAACAUGAACGCCCUGGACUUUGUAACAGUUUAGCCAUUCCCUGCAGUGAGUUCAACUGUCAGGCAAAAAUACAUCAUUUAUAGAUCUAUAUGUAAUGAUGAUGAUGAUAACAUAAAAAUAUAGUAUAAUAAAGAUAAUUAUAUUAAGUCUGUAUACAUUUUUAAGAAUCUCCGUCUUCCAAAUAGUGUGGACACAUUCUUUGAAGCUUUGUUUUAUUUAUGUUUCCUUUUUGGGUUUUGUUCUGUAAAUGCUUUCUAUACUGCUCGCCCUGUGGUGACCCCAGUGCAGCUGACACACAUUAGUUAAUGCGUAUUCUCUCUGUGUGAGUUUAAAUUAUGACUCUGUAUUCUCAUGCUGAGUUGCCUCAAUGCUGUCUCUGAGAAGUGAAAGGACUGAGCAGUAGUGUAGAAAGCAUUACAUCCUAUGAUUUAAAGAGUAUUUUAGGUCUAGUGAAAUGCAUAAUGAAUAUGACUUCAUACAGUAUGAGCAUAAGUAUGCAGAGAUAAAAGGUAUAUAUAAAUAUAUACAUAUAUAUAUAAAGGUUUGCUUUAAAUAAAAUAAACACUAUAAUAGAGGUACAACUAAGGUGUUGAAAUAAAUGCUAAAAUAAACUAUG